CAGCUAUCUCACCUGCCAGGUAAGGCCGUACCAGCGCGCUCUAACGCCUCACACCUGACGUAAGGCUCCGCGAGGAACGCUCUUUUGUUUCAGGAACCUUCAUCGUUCUGACUCAUUACGGUGGUAUUUCAUUGGAGCUGCGGUUGGUCUGCAGGUGAGGACUGAAGAACCAGGAUGUUGAGGAGGAAACCAACUCGUCUGGAGCUGAAGAUUGACGACACAGAAGAGUUUGAGAGCGUCAAGAAAGAGCUGGAGGCCAGAAAGCGUCAGCGGGAGGAGGCAGAGUCAGGAGGCGGUGUGGACGGUGCAUCCGUCAUCAGUGUUGACAUCAUUGGGGGCGGAGCCUCUGCAUCAGCAUCGUCGUCCACGGCAGCAGCAAGGGCGGAGCUUAUCAACGAGCGGAUCGGCUACAAACCCCACCCCAAACCAGCAACACUGCCGACCUUAUUUGGAAGUUUACAGUUUUAAUAAACAUGAAAGCAGUUUG